GCGUGCGUGCGCGUGUGUGGGGCUGUUAUAUAAAACCCUCUCCAUGGUGAGCUCGCUCUCACUGCGACAUAGCUCAGGUGUCUGAGGCAACAGCACAGAAGAGGUUGAGACAGACAGACGGACACAAUAAACGACUGCACGACCUUUGCACAAAUAUUUCCUUGACUAGCACCCAUGGCUCACAACCUGCUCAAAAACCCCAACGGGGAAGAGGAGCUGGAGUUCUGGGAGCUGACAGAGAAUGGGGGGAGCGCUUGGAAAGUAGAAGAACUACCGGGCGAUUGCGGCUACGAUUUCUGCAAAGAGGAAGUCACAAAGUACUUUGCGACGUCCUUUGAACUGUGUCUCAAGAAGCAGGAGGUGGAUCUCCUGGCAGACGGCUAUACUGCAGAGGUGCUCGACUCCCAGCCAACCAUCACAGUAGAGGAUUGGUACUGCGGGAGGACCGACUGCGGCUGCACCUAUGAGAUCACUGUGUGUCUAUUGGACGAGAACCAGGAAGUUCUGCAGGAGUUCAAGCCCGACCCGGUGAUCCUUGACCCGGACACGGAUGACGGGUGUUCAUGGAAACAGGUGAGCCACACCUUCUCAGAGUACGGCCCCGGACUGCGAUUCAUCUCCUUUGAGCACGGAGGACAAGACGCCAACUUCUGGGACGGAUGGUUUGGAGUCCGGGUCACUGGCAGUUCAGUCACAUGCAACGUCUGAGCAAUGAACUGGGGGGAGAGGGAGGGAGGGGAGAAAGGAAGUAGGGACGUGAGGAGGAAGAAUGGGAGGUGGGGAAUUAGGUAGGGAAAGAGACGAGGUGAAAGGGACAGGAAGGAAAAAAAUAAGAGAAGGAAAUGAGAGGAAUCAGAUGGUAGGUGAAGGAUAGUCCAGACUAGAGAGGUGCCCUUGAGGAGUGGUGUGGUCAGAGGGUGUGAGAUGGGGGACUGUGGUUUAGGAACUGAAGAUCUCUGAAAGGCUUCUCAGCUUGCCGGCGUAAACUGUUGUCUGUAGUCCGCUGACCACUGACAUGACUGUCCCAGCCUUGCUUGAAUCAUAAGGCAGUAUAGACAUACUGUUAUGUUGGGGGAUGCUAUUAUACUGAAGCAAGCAAUCUUUAGAAAUCUGACCCUAUGGGGAUUUUCUGGGAUGACCAAAAAUCCAUGAAGCUUUGCCAGAUUUUCUCCUAAUCACUGCUUGCAAUUUAGUUAUUUUAUCCGCCAACUACUAACUACUUGCUACGCAAGACUAUAUUUUAACUUUUUUGUUUCUCCUUAAUUAAUGUCAUUAAUGCAAAUUAACUUUAAAAUGAUCACAUCCAACUGCUCAUUGCAUCUUCAAAUUAUUUAUAGAAGAGUUUGAUUUCAUUGCUGUAAAAUUGUAUUGACAUUGAACAAGUUUGAACUGGUUUACUGGUGUACUGGACCCCCACUGUGUGGACCCCAACUCAGCAGCAUAAACCGUUAAGCAUCCAUCACUGUGUUUUAUUCUGGCGUACACAUUAAAAGGUGUUAAAGAAUUCAGUGUAAUAUGAGUACAAUAUGCUCUCAGACAGAGAGUGAGCUAAACAUAUCCUGUUCACUCCUGUAUCCUGAGGUUCUGCUAUGAUAAGAGAAGGGGCCUGUUCAACAUCUUGGAUACAUGCAUAAUGAAAAAGAAACACUUUGGCUGGAGCUUUAAGUUGCAUACCCCUAAAUAACUGUAUUGGUAGAAUUAUUUGUAUCACAGGUGGGCACAUGCGUGUGCUACUUGACAAAAACAUGAAGACUGGCAUUUAUAUUGUUCAGCUAUCACAUGUUUGAGGAUGAACAAUCAAAAAGCAACCCUUGAACUACGCAAUUAUUGAACACAGGCCUGUUUUCAUUUCAACAACAAGUUUCAUUACUAGUAACAGUAAUCGAAAAUAUAUAUUUUAUUUAGCAAACUUUCUUUGUGGAAAGGUUAAUGAAAUGAUAAAAGAAUUCCCAGUUUUA